CAAUCCCCGAACUGUACCUUCGCCGUGGCUCUUCUUCUACAUGCGUUAGCUACUAGCGUAGUAAGCUAAUUAUUUUGGGUUCUAUAGCAUAGCAAGUUGUUCCUCCACAGUUCUGCUUCCGUUGCUCGCCUCCUAGCCCGACUCGAGCCGUUCGAUGAUGGCGAGGGCUAGCUGGCAUCAACGGCCCAGCGUGGGCAUUUUAUGUGUCACGGCGCUGCUGCUCGCGUUCCUCUUCCAUAUCCCUCCAGUUGCAGCCCAAAUGGAUUGCAGGGACCUGGUAAGCCCCUCUUCUCCCUUCCCUUCCCCCCAAUCUUCCGAUCUCUCUACCCACCUCUCCUAUUUAAUCCUUCCCAAGCGGUUUUUGGACUGAUAAACCCUGGGUAUAAGUUAGGCGAGGUACGUGGGGCCGCCUGUGAUAAAUCCGUCUCUCUCCAUCUCUUCGUCCUUCCCUCUCCCCGCUUCCACAACUUCUCUCUUCCCUCUCCCCGCUUCCACAACUUCUCUCUUCCCUCUCCCCGCUUCCACAACUUCUCUCUUCCCUCUCCCCGCUUCCACAACUUCUCUUUUCCCUCUCCCCGCUUCCACAACUUCUCUCUUCCCUCCGUCCCAAAAAUCCGCCCCCCUCAACCUAUGCAUACGCAACGAACAAUUGGAAAACCGCUAUGCAUAUACAAAGUCACCAGCCGCAUAGUGCAAACGUGUUCAUCAGUGAACAAUAUACAUAGUCUCCGAAGCCUAAGCUAAUACAAAGCAUAUUCUAAGUUGCAGCAUACUACCUUGCCUUAGUAAGUGCAUACUACGCGCUUUGCAUACGCAAAGCACUGGCAGCCUAAGUGGAACCAAUGUCCACGAGCCUUAGCGUACACUAUGCAUUUGCAUGGUGAAUUUCCGUUAAAUCUUCAUUGAUGCUAUGCAGAAGCUAUGCAGGAGCUAUGCAGAAGCUAUGUAUUCAGUAAAAAAAAAGCAGGUGCGUGCUGUAUGUCCCACAAGUAACUGCUACUAGUUUGAUGGUCAGAUAACCUCUAUUCCAAUAUUAUGCUUACAAAUACAUUAGAAGUCACGUAUAUCGAAUCAACCAUAACAAUUUAGGUCAACAUCAUGGGCUAGCUAGAUUACGCAAGGCUUCAGAUCUGCGUCGCCAAUGGUCCGUCGAGAAAUCAUAUCAGGUGCUUUUCCUGCAAACUCAAGGCAGACCACGAAACGCAAUUAGGAGUAGCGACCGGUGCCAACGCCAUGGAAUUUCAUCGUUGGUACAUGACUGAACCGCGCAAAUAGCUCACAUUUUUUCGCAUGACGCAUUGGAAGAACAACAAGCAUCCACGUAAGCGUGACAGGUCCAUUCUGCCGGCGCUUGACGGUCUUCGACAGGAAUUAAUUACUUCCGACGUAACGAAUCUGCAGCAAGCGCACAGGAAAAGGAAAAGGACGUUGUCAGCAUGCUGAUACUACGCAGCUAACACGUGACUCAUGAAUCCCCUAGACAAUGCAACAUCGCACAGCUGCUACGAGGUGAACUACAAGACAGAUCUAGGAGAAGGAAACCUGCAACGACGCCAAGCUCGAGUGAUGAGAUGCCUGAGAUGGAAAUGAUUGGGUGAGUUGGAACUUCCCGUAGUUAUCGUUGGCGUGGCUUGAGGAUAAGGGUUUGUUCUGGUGGUUGGGGAUUGGCGUGAAGUUGCCAUGUCGCUGUGCUAUUGGCUGAAAGUUUUGUACUUGUUAGAGAGUUCUUCGAUGUCAAAUUGAGUCUGGUACAUUGCUGAGCUCUCUAUAUCUAAAACUGUGGAAACCCUUUUUCACGAAGGGUGUUGGCGAAAUGUCAAGUGUUCGUGAAUCGCAGAUGUCGGAAUGACCUCGCAUGUUUCGACGCACCGCUACUAUCGUUCUCGACCAAUCACAUGUGGAGUGCCCGGGCCUGGGGCAGUGUGUGGCUCCGGAGAAGCUGUGCGACGGGAGGGUGGACUGCAAGGACAAGAGCGACGAGGCCGCAUGGUACUGCAUCCCGCUCGACUGCUCCGACCCCGACAACAGCGUGGAGUGCGUGGGCACGGAGUACUGUGUGAAGCCCUCGCAGGUGUGCGACGGCAUCAAGCAAUGCCCGGGCGCCAUCGACGAGUCCCCUGGCUUCUGCCUCGACUACCGCAGCUCCGAAUGCACGUGGGACCAACUCAAGUGCACGGCCACGUCCGCGUGCGUCAAGGGGCUGAUGUGCGACGGCGUGGCCAACUGCGCCAAGGUGAAGAACGCGAGUGGUGUGCUGAUAGCGCCGGACGAGGACCCCAAGUACUGCAUGGCGUACGAGUGCCUGGAGAACUAUCAAAAAUGGGAGCGAUGAGGUUGACUGUGCUUACCCAGA